UAUACCAAAGUCCACGUCGCCUGUCACCUCUGGAAACAGAUAUAGUUCGUAAACAGAUUAAUGAGUGGCUGGAUAAAGAGAUAAUAAGACCUAGUAAAUCAGAUUUUGCAUGCGCAAUAGUUUUAGCUAAUAAAAAAGAUGGAACCAAAAGAAUUUGUAUGGACUACAGAGGAAUUAACAAGAAGAUAAUAAGAGAAAGAUUUCCUUUGCCGCUGAUUGAUGAUCAGAUUGAUAAAUUAAAAGAAGCUAUUAUAUUUACGUCUCUUGAUUUAAAAAAUGGAUUUAAUCACGUGGAUGUUGAUGUAGAUAGUCGGAAGUACACUUCUUUUGUGACACCGCAAGGCCAGUUCGAGUUUAUCAAAAUGCCGUUUGGUCUAUGCACAGCGCCAUCCGUUUUUCAAAGAUAUAUCAACGAUGUUUUUCACGAUUACAUAACUGAUGGUACUGUACUAUCUUAUCUUGAUGAUUUAAUCAUUCCCGCAAAGACAGAAGAAGAAUCACUGGCUAAAACAAAGAAAAUAUUUAAAAGAGCGGAAGAAUUUGGUCUGAUAUUCAAUUGGAAAAAAUGUCAUUUUAUGAAGAAGGAAAUAGAAUAUUUAGGAUACAUAAUUUGUAACAAUGAAGUAAGACCAUCCAAAGAGAAAAUAAAAGCUGUUGCAAAUUUCAAAAAGCCCACUAAUAUCAAAGCCGUUCAAUCGUUUCUUGGUUUAACUGGAUAUUUCAGAAAGUUUGUUCAGAAUUAUUCUCUAAUAGCUAAACCUAUGACAGAUCUGUUAAAGAAAGGAGUUGUUUUUAAUUUUGACGAAAUAUGUGAACAAGCCUUUAUAAGAUUAAAAGAUAUACUUACCAAUUCGCCGGUUCUCCGAAUUUAUAAUCCUGCUUUAUACACAGAAGUACACACCGAUGCAAGUGCAGAUGGUUACGGAGCUGUUCUAUUACAAAAAAAUCCGAUUGAUGAUCAGUUACACCCAGUGCAUUUUAUGAGUAAAAAGACUACUCCCGCUGAGAAGAAGUAUCAUAGUUAUUAUUUAGAAAUUUUGGCUAUUGUUGAAGCAAUAAAGAAAUUUAGAGUAUACUUACAAGGGAUACACUUCAAAAUUGUAACCGAUUGUUCUGCAUUAACGAUGACACUACAAAAGAAAGACUUACCUCCACGAGUUGCACGAUGGGCCUUAUUGCUCGAAGAAUACGACUAUGAGAUAGAACACCGAUGGGCAUCACGAAUGAAACACGCAGAUGCGCUGAGCAGAUAUCCUGUCUGUUUAGUUCUUUCUGAAACUACAGCAAGGAUAAAGAAAGCACAAAACGAAGACGAACAUGUAAGAUUGAUUAAGAAGAUUUUAGAGACAGAAGAUUACAAAGAUUAUGUUGUUCAGAAUGAAAUAUUGUAUAAGUGGAAAGACGGAAAUAAAAUAAUUGUUGUACCUAAAAAGAUGCAAUGGGAGAUCAUUAGGAAGAAUCACGAGAAAGGUCAUUUCGGAAUAGUAAAGACUGAGGAACUUAUUGAAAGAGAAUAUUAUAUAGAGAAUUUAAGAGAAAAGAUUAAGAAAAUUGUUGAUAAUUGCGUUGAGUGCAUAAUUGUAUCUCAUAAAAAGGGCAAAAAAGAAGGUUUGCUUAAUCCGAUUGAUAAGGGUAGUGUCCCAUUGUCGACCUAUCACAUAGAUCACUUAGGACCCCUUACAUCAACAAAUAAAAGUUACAAGUACAUACUUACAGUAGUUGACGCGUUUACCAAAUUUACUUGGAUUUAUCCUGUGAAGACUUUAACAACAGAAGAGACUAUUAACAAACUGACUUUACAACAACAAGUUUUUGGGUCACCCGAACGUAUAAUAACAGACCGAAACGCUGCAUUCACUUCAAAUGAUUUUAAAGAGUAUUGUAAGAAUGAGAACAUUACACAUUAUUUAAUAACGACUGGUCAGCCAAGAGGAAACGGACAAGUAGAGAGGGUACAUCAGAUAAUUAUAAACGUACUUGCUAAACUAAGCGCCGAUGAUCCUACGAAAUGGUACCGUCGUGUAUCAAAUGUACAGCGUUGUUUGAACGGAACUUAUCAACGUAGCAUUGGAAUGACGCCGUUUGAAUUGAUGUUCGGAGUAAAGAUGAGAGAUAAAGAUGAUGGAAUAUUAAAAUUGAUUGAAGAAGAAAUUAUUCAAAAAGUAAACGACAAGAGGCAAGAAUUAAGGGAGAAAGCUAAAGAGUCUAUAAGGAAAAUACAAGAAGAGAAUGUGAAGUACUACAAUCGGAAGAGAAAAGAGGCUUUUUCUUAUGAUAUUGGAGAUUUAGUAGCGAUCAAGAAGACACAGUUCUCACAAGGGAGUAAACUGUACCCUAAGUUUCUAGGACCCUACGAAGUCACCGAAAAGAAACAUAACGACAGAUACGUACUAAAGAAAAUAGGAACAGCGGAAGGCCCUAUUAAGACGACUAGUUCUGCAGAUAACAUGAAGCCUUGGGUCACCUCGGAAGAUAGUAUUUCAUCUGGGACAGAUGAAUAGUCAGGACAGCCGUGUGGGUUGUGAACGUUUUUUUAUUUAAGUUAUUCGUUAUUUUUAGUUAUUGCUAGCACUGGCAACUUUAUUUUAGAAGGAAAAAUGACGUUAGAUG